AUGUCGUCGUUUAAGGAACGUGUGUACUACUGUGAAUUAUGUGAUACGGGGUAUAAUAAUAAAAUUAAACACGUCUGCAAAAAAGGACCAGGGUUAAAGUGUAAACUUUGUAACGAAAAAUUUCAUAUCCAAGACUUCAGAAAACAAAAAUUUUUUUGUCAAGAGUGCAACCGUUACUGUGUUGAUAUCGAAUGUUUUAAAAAACAUAGAAGGGUCGUUUGCGAUAAAGAGUAUAAAUGUGGUGGAUGUAAUUUAAUCGUGCAGAGGAAUGACCACACGCACAAUAGUGUUUGCGGAUAUGRAAAAUGCUAUAAUUGUAAACAAGAAAAUAUCGAAUUGUGUCAACAUGAAUGUUUUAUGCAACGAAAAAAAGGAAAAGGAGGAUAUUGUGUGGAAGCCUGCGUUUGUAACAACUCGUCAUCAGAAAAACRAAAAGASUGUACGUUCACAACGAAUUAUAUAUUUUUCGAUUACGAAGCACAACAAAACACAGGAACACACAUACCAAAUAUGGUUAUUGCUCACAAUUUUGAAGGCACAAAAUAUGUGUUUUCUACAGAUGAUGGAGCCACGGCUAAUGAUAAAUUUUGUAAAUGGGCACUGAGUAAAGAAAUGAACGGAACAACAUACAUAGCGCACAAUUCAAAAGCAUAUGAUACAUAUUUUAUAAUACAAUAUAUUUUAAAACAUAUGCCAACAGUAAAGUACGAAAUAAUUCGUAACGGGACAAAAAUUAUGAUGCUUGAAAUAAAAGAAGGGGGUUUGAACAUAAAAUUUAUUGAUAGUCAUAACUUUAUACAGUCUAAACUAUCUGACUUCCCAAAAACAUUUGGACUUACAGAAGCGAAAAAAGGAUACUUUCCACAUUUUUUCAAUACUACAGAAAAUCAAAAUUAUACAGGGCCUUUACCAAACAAAUCGUAUUACGGUUAUAAUUCAAUGACAACGAAACAAAGAACAGCUUUUAUACAUUGGCAUGACGAAAUGACCAGUCAAAAUUAUACAUUUAAUUUUAAAAAAGAGUUGGAAGAAUAUUGUAAUUCGGACGUUGACAUUCUACGAAGAGGAUGUUUAGAACUCAGAAAACAAUUUUUGGACGUGUGUAACAUUGACCCCUUUAAAUACAUAACCAUURYGAGUGUAUKCAUGGCAAUUUAUCGACAGAGUGACUUGUCGAAUGCCACUAUAGCAGUCGUUCAAAAUGUGAAGAAAGAAAAAUUUUCAGAUGAAUCAAUGAAGUGGUUGAAAAGCAUAAUAUUAAAUGGAAAUAAAAAUAUUAAGCAUGCUUUAAACGGUGGAGAAGCUGUCAUAUGUGGUGCUAAAGUCGACGGUUAUGAUAUAUCGGAAAAAAAAGUGUAUCAGUAUCAUGGAUGUUUCUGGCAUGGCUGUCCUGAUUGCUUCAACCCUAAUGAUAUAAACCCCGUAAAUAAAAACACCAUGACCGAUUUAUACAACAACACAAUUAGACGAACAACUCAACUGAAAGAAAAAGGGUAUCAAGUUGAAGAAAUGUGGAGCUGUAAAUGGAGAAAGCAUGUCGAUUACAAACAAAUGAUGCAAUAUCCAGAUGAUGUGAUUGAGCCACUAGAUCCCAAAGAUGCAUUUUUCGGAGGAAGAACUAACGCUACAAAAUUAGUGGUUAAAAAUAUAGUCCUUGGUUGGGCGGGGAGUGGUGGGACGGCGGCCUGA